AUGUCAUCACCUCCGCCGGCCAAAAAGCAGAAGCAAUUCGCCUCCACCACGUCGCCUCUCACUAACAAAGAGGUACCAGCGCCUCAGGCGCCGCUGGCACCCAAACCUAAUGCCGACCUGCAUCAUCCGCCAGCUUCUCCGCCAAAUCCACGCAAGCGGCGGGCAUCACACAGUCCGAAGCUGAAUACGCUGCCUCCAGGCACGGCUUUACCAGCAGAACCUGUCCCGACCAAUGCUCACGUCGCGGCGUCGCUGCCGGACGAGACGGGCAAAAAGCGUGGCCGAACCAACACGCCGUGGACCGCUCAAGAAGAACAGCGCUUGAAGCAGAUGCGUGAUGCCGGGCACAGCUGGAGUGAGAUUGCAAAGGCUUUUCCUGCACGAACCGAGGGCAGCGUGAAGAAGCACUGGUACAAGGACAUGCACUAUGCCGAGUUCGCCGAAGAUGAGUCUGCAGCACUUCGCGAAGCAAUCAAAGAAUACGAAGCAAAUAAGUGGAAGGCGAUUGGGCAGAAGCUCGGCAAGCCAGCCAAAGUUAGUAUCUGGUCGUGGUUCAACUCAAUCCUCAGCUCAUGA